AAAGACUAACUACUUAACACAGCAACAAUGCACAGGCUGGUAUUCUGCUGGCUCAUUAUCAUCAGCCUGUCCUGUCCUCUCUCAUCUCUUCCCAUCAGAGACUUCAGUGAGAUGUCCUAUCAGCUCUCAGAGGAUGAUAAUUCAAAAUUAACCUUGGAGCGACUAGAUGCCUUGGGGAGAGUGUCCCUGCUGCAGACCCUGCAGGGGCUCCUGGAUGCACAGAACAAGGAUAGCAAAACAGGUCUCAGCUUUCACAGCUACAGCCCACAGGAAAGCAUGAAAGAGGUCCUCUAUGGAAGUCAUCCACGACUUGCUCUGCUGAGUCGUCUGCUGGCCAAGGACAGAAAACAGUACAAGAAACGUGGAAAUCCCUCUGAGUGCUUCUGGAAAUACUGUGUGUAACCUAUACCUGCGUGUAACCUCUCUGAGCCCAACUGCUUUAUUUAUACAGAUGUUAACAACUAUCCUGGAAAUGUGUACAUAGAUUUACUUGACUUAAAAGGAGAACAAUAAAAAAAUAUGAAGCUGACU